AUGGGGACGGUGCAGGUGCAAGGUGUGGCGGCGUCGGGGAGGAUGCCGUCCAUGGAGGCGGAGCCGAAGACGCUCACCCUCGAGCAGCUCAAGUACGCAAGGGAGGCGGCGCUGUACGUGGUGAGGACGAGGACGACUGAGGAAGCCAUCAGGAUCUUCACGGAAGGGCUCAAGCCAGUGCGGGGCGUGCAGAAGAUGGGCUCCUCCUCCACGACGGACUCGUCGGACGACGACGUCGAGCUCGGCUCGUCGGAGGAUUCGACGCCGCGCGGCGGCGGCGGCACGGGUUGCCGCACCCACGGACGCUCCAUCAAGAGGGACAUUGCCACUGCACCGUUCUAG